AUGCUGUCGGCCACCGCCGUCCCUCCCGUGCCUGGAGCACUGACCGCGUCCGAGGUGGUGGCCCGCGUUGGCGCCUCUGGCGUCGCGAGCAUCAUCGGCUUCGGCUCUCUCCUCUCCGAGCAGUCCGCGCAGUCCACUUGUCCGUCGGCGUCUCGGUUCCGGCUUGGCCGUGUGCGGGGCUGGAGGCGCGUCUUCGGCCACCCGGCUCACAUCUUCUUCGCGCGAGGCAUCGCGCGUCCCGACACACGCGAGAUCGCCUCGCUCUGUGCGGAACCGAGCGAAGACGCUGCGAGCGGCUUUGUCGUCGCGGCGUUCGACGUUCCCGCCUCGGAGCUGCCUGCGCUGCUCGAGCGGGAGGAGGAGUUCAACUUUGUGGAGGUCCCAAUCUACCCGCUCGGAGGCGGCGCCUCCUCGCCGCCCGAGAGCACCGGCAUCAUGUGCACGCGCGCCACCGACGAGGAGGUGCUUGACAGGCGUGGCCACCGCGCAAAGUACGAGGCCGCCCUCUCGCCGCACUUCGGUUCCGUCACCGUCUGGGGGUGGGGCGCCGACUCGGGACUGCGGCCGUGCCCGGUCUACUGCCGCCACUGCGUGCUCGCGUCCCAAAAGCCCGGCGUGCCCAAGGAGGCGGCCGAUUCGUUCCUCGACGAAACUCUGCUCGCCGACCGGCGCACGACGUUGCGGCAGUACCUGCAGGCGGACGGCGGCCACGUUAUGCAUACGCUGCCGCCUCCGGAGCUGAAAGCGAGGUACAACGGCUGA